AUGCUGAGAAAUCCAUCUCAAACACCCCCGUUUAAUGGUUACAUGCCGAUGGUUAAUGAAAUUUUUUCGAGUGGUGGUACAACUAACUUUCCCGAAUUUUCAACACAAUUAACUAUUGUUAAUGAAGAUUCAACUCCUGUGAGCAAGAAAAACCAUCAACCAUCAUGGAACACUGAACAAAAUUUGGUGCUAAUUAGUGGGUGGAUCAAAUUUGGAACAAGCAGUGUUGUCGGGAAAAACCAGAAAGGUGAAACAUAUUGGGGUCAAAUUGCUGACUAUUGUAAUGAGCAUUGCUCAUUCGAUCCUCCGCGUGAUGGAGUUGCAUGCCGAAACCGUUUUAAUUAUAUGAACAAAAUACUGGGUAAAUGGAUUGGCGCUUAUGAUGGUGCUAAGCAUCUCCAAGGAAGUGGUUGGUCCGAGAAUGAUGUUUUGGCAAAAGCGCAGGAAAUAUAUGCAUGUGGGAAGAAUGUUCGGUUCACUUUAAUGGAAGAAUGGAAUGCUCUCCGUGAUCAACCACGUUAUAGUAGUCAAGUAGGAUCUGGAAGUAGUGGAUCUAAGAGAUCUCACGAGAGUGAUGCAUGUGGCUCAAACUCUGUAGGAUCUAGUGCUCGUCCUAUAGGUAGGGAUGCAGCCAAAAAGAAGGGAAAAAAGAAAGCUUCCACACCCACAGAGGUGGUGGACAAAGAAUGGGAUACUUACAUGAAAAUGAGGGAGAAAGAGGUGGAACAUUUGGCAAUGGUAGUUUCCAAUCAACAAGAGAAAAACAGACUUAAGAAAAUGAAAAUGUAUCUGAAGUUAAGUUCUGAUGAGAAUCUCGAUGACCGGAAGAAAGCCAUGUUGGACACAUUGGCCCAAGAACUGUUUCCAUAAUUAAUUUCAAUCAAUGUAGUGUUUGCUUUAAAUAUUUGUCUGUAGUGUUUGCUUCAAUUAUUGUGAUUGAAUAAGUCAGUGUAGUCUUUGCUUUAAUUAUUGUGA